AUGAUACCUUCGGUUGUACUAAGAUCACCUCAACUUGUGCAAAAAGUGUUAAAGAGCUUCCACGCUGCUGGUGGAUAUGAUGCACUUGUCUUACCUGGACUCAAAUUGGUUGAUACUAAGGAUGGCAGUGUUUCUGCCGAGUUUCAGGUAGAAAAGAAACACUUGAAUCGCUUAGAGUCCGUCCAUGGUGGCCUCUUGGCUACAGCAGUAGAUAUUGGUGGAUCGUUAGCAAUUGCUUCCAAGGGAUUGUAUGCUACAGGUGUUAGCACAGAUAUCAACAUCAGUUACAUUAGUGGAGCAAAGCUAGGAGAGACCAUUACACUCAAGGCUAGAGUGGAUAAAUUAGGAAAGACAUUAGCCUUUACGACUGUAGAAUUGUAUGCCAAAGAUCGCUUAGUUGCGUUAGGAAGACAUAAUAAAUUUGUAGCCUUGGCAUACAAACAUCCCGAAAAUGAAUUAAAGGACUAA